CUUUGGACAAAAAGUGUCGACCCAUUUCCAAACUCGUCCCAGCCACUCCACGUCAUGACCACCUCGACGUGCUCCCGAUCCCGAUCGAUCAAAACCUUCGCAGAGAAGGCGCUGGAUAUGUUCAUGAAAGCGCCCCAAGUGUCCGUGCGUGGCGCUCGCAUCCCCAGCGACAUGAGUGCCCGAGCAUCCACGAGCAAGUCGUGGGCCCACCUGUCCGAGUUCCCCGUCAUUCGACGCUCGUCCGCGCACAAGGUCAUCUAGUCCCGUGGACGCAUCAAAACAAGAGAAUGUCUGCAAGCGUGAAGGUCCCACGUGAAGUGUUCGAAGGGUUAUCCGACUGUUGCAUCCAAAAUAUAUAUUCCAUUCACAGUGUUUUCGUCGAUGGUUUUCU